AUGAAGCAUGUCUGGUCAGUGAAUAAUGUAGUGUCAUCACCCUUCGAAGAUGUGAUAAUUCCCGAUGUAUCUCUUCCCGAACAUGUCUGGAGUAAUAUGCAUAAAUGGUCAGAAAAGACUGCAAUAGUUUGCGGAGUAACUGCGAGAAAAUAUACAUAUUCGGAACUAUAUCGAAAAUCUCAAACAUUAGGGGCGAAUUUAAGGAAAAACUUUGGGAUUAAAAACGGCGAUCUUGUAGCUGUUAUGUUGCCUAAUAUGCCAGAAUAUCCUAUGAUAACUUUGGGAAUAUUGAGCGCAGGAGGCAUUGUAACUACUCUGAACCCAAUUUAUACUUCAUAUGAAGUGCAAAGACAAUUCAUUAGUGCGCAUGUUAAGGUGGUAAUAACUUCACCAGAGAAUGUAUCAACUAUAAAACAAGCAUUGGACUUAAACAAAAUGAGUGCACCUAUAAUUGUAGUUGACUUUAGUAACCAACGUCCCGAUGGAACGAUAUCGUUUAAAGAAAUAAUAAACGAUACUAUUGACACAAGUAUUUUAAAAGAAGUCAAAACCAAACCUAGUGAUGUAUCAUUGCUAUUGUAUUCAAGUGGAACAACGGGACUGCCGAAAGGUGUUGAAUUAACUCAUAGAAAUAUAGUUGCCAAUGCUGUACAACAGGAUCCAGCUGAAAUAAGACAUUACGAUCCAACAACAGUUUUAUUUUUGGGAUCAAAUCCUCAGGUGAAAACAAAACAUUUUGAAUAUUUAAAAUAUGCAGGCUCUGGUGCAGCGCCAUCGCCAAAAGCAGAUGUAGAAAGGUUGUUGGCGAAAUUCGGUCGUAAAGUACGUUUCAGUCAACUGUAUGGCUUAACGGAAGUCUCUCCACUGGCUACAAUAACUCCUGUUAACUACAACAAAUUUUCGGCUGUGGGUUUUCCUUUGCCUAACAUCCAAUUCAGGAUUGUUGACGAAAAUGACAACAAUUUAGGGCCAGGAGAGUUAGGAGAGUUGCUUAUUAAAGGACCAAACGUAAUGAAAGGCUAUAGGAACAAUCCAGAAGCUAACAAAGAUGUUUUCACUAAUGGCUGGUUCCGAACUGGAGACCGAGCGCAAUUCGAAGAAGAUGGAUCUCUUGUUAUUGCGGAUAGAUAUAAAGAACUUAUAAAGGUAAACGCUUAUCAAGUAGCACCAGCAGAGUUAGAAAGCGUUAUAAAGGAUCAUCCUGAUGUCUUUGAUGUAGCUGUAGUCGGUGUACCUGAUAGUAAAACAGGAGAGAAACCCAAAGCUUUUGUUGUUCUUAACAAAAAUAGUCCAGCAAAUGAAGCGGAUAUCAUAGAGUUUGCUAAUAAGAAGGUCGCACCGUAUAAACAUAUUAAAGAGGUCGAAUUCAUUGAGAGUAUACCAAAAAACCCAUCUGGUAAAAUGUUGAGAAGGUUACUUGUUGAAAAAGAUAUUAAUAAUAGUAAAGUUAACUUCAUAAAAAAAUAA